AAAUUUGGAAAAGUUGUAAAAAGUAAUAAAUAUCGCAUUGUAAUUAACUUUUGAGGCAUUUUAUUAAUAUUUUGUGGAUAAUAAGUUCGUUAGUAGGUCAAAAUGAAAUCCGGAAGAAUUUUAAUACUUCUCCUUACUUUCGUCGUUAUUAAAAAUGUGAACAGCCUCCAAAAGCGCUGUAUUGGUUGUCGAUCUAGGGGUGAAUUAGGUUCGUGCGGAGAUCCUUUUCCUUUCAAUGUGACAGAUCCAGAGGCUGAAGUUGGUAUACAUGUGGUUGCAUGUCCAUCAGGCUGGUGCGGAAAAAUGAUUGAAGGCACCACAGGGGCAUUCCGAACUGACGAUUAUGGUGCUGCUACUCAGAGAAUGUGUCUCCAAAGGUCUCCAAGUGAUGAUGAAGAGCGAUGCGCAUAUACAGUUUGGAAUCACAAAAAAGUAUACAUGUGUUUCUGUAAUGGAGAUCUCUGUAAUAGUGCGACCAAGGUGCCCUUCUUUUCUCCUGUAAUUUUGUUUACAGCAUUGGUGGUUGCAUAUAAUUUUUACUUUGCAGGCAUUUUAUGAUAUGGUAUGCUUUUGUUUUGUAAUCAAGGAUUCCCAUCUUACUUACCUAAUGAAUUUGAAAGAAAGUUAUUUCUAGUAU